AUGACGAUGACUACGACUAUGACAAACAACGAUGAUAAUGGUGAUGAUGAUGAUGAUGAUGAUGAUGAUGAUGAACAAGUUUCAAUAAAAAGUACAACCCUUACAACACCGCCUGGUUUUCACUGGUUUAUUGAAAAUAUAAAUUUCGAGAAUGUUAUCGGAAUAUCGAAUUACUAUUUGGACUAUUACGGGAACGAAUGGGAAUUUCUGGACGAGGAAAUGGAGGAGGAAGAAGAAGAGGAAGAGAAAGAACUAGAAGAGGGUGACAUUUCUGUAGACUUGCUGACACAAUUUCGGCAGUCCACGAUCGAAAAGAAAGCAGCCGAGAUCCAACUGGAAAAAGGGAAACUACGAGAAAUGAUAAAAAGGGAGAGAGAUCUGUCGGAAGAAACUCUGAUCACUCCGGAAAGCGGGGAAUCCAUUGUUUCUGCCGAAUCGUCCGCAGAAAGUUCAAUCCAUCCUUGCCUCAAAGAUAUAGAUAUCAGCGAUUCCCAACUGAAAUUGCAAAAUCUGUACACGGUGUUUCCGAUUCCUGACGAUCCUGGCUUGGUGCCCGAGUUCUGGACCAUUCACGAACGUAAAAUCGAGUCUUAUCCAGAUGAUGGCGUGCUGAAAUUUUUCGACAUGGUAAAGGCAUCUCGCAUCAGACCUAUACAGGCCUUGGAAGAUAUGUUGCUAUCAGAGAAAAUCAAUUUGCAAUAUUACGGAAUCGAUUGCCGCGCCGUUCGACCUCUUUGCGAAGCCUUGAUGAAAAAUCCUUUCGUUCAUACAAUCAAUCUUACAGGUAAUUGGUUAUCAGAGGAUGCCUGUUAUCAUCUGAAUGAAUUGCUACUGAAAAACAACAUGAUACACACGUUGGUAUUAUCAGGAUGCAAAAUUGGUCCAAAAGGUGCCGCGAAAUUUCACGAUGGAAUUUCGGAGAAUGUGUCACUGAAGACAUUAGAUCUCUCGGAUUGUAAUAUUCGUAAAGAAGGUUUGGACUAUAUUACACAAGCAAUGUGCAAUAACGAAACCAUCGAAACUCUUUUAAUCAACGACAAUAAUUUCGAUGAAUCUUGCUCGGAGGCUUUGCAAAGAUUGCUCUCCUGUUCGCAGACAAUACAGCAUUUAGAAUUGUCAUGGAAUUCUUUGUACACGGCGGAAACUUGGAAGAAACUGAUCAAAGGAUUCGAUAACAAUGAAAUUUUAAUCGAUCUUGAUUUAUCUUGGAACGCUUUAGGGAAAGAAUGUGUUCCAUAUCUUCGUCGAUUAUUAAUACGUUCUACGCCAUUGAAAAAGUUACAUCUGAAUGGAAAUCGAUUUUAUGAUGAAGAUAUAGAGAUCAUAGCGAAAGGAUUAUCGAGGAAUAAAGAACUGGAGGAAUUAUACUUAGGUAACAACCCUAUAAAAGCUGAAGGUGCACUUAAUCUCGUUAAAGCAGUUACACCCGAAAAAUCGCCCGAAAGUUCACUACGUAUUCUGGAUCUUACGAAUAUUUGGGCGAACAAAAACAUAUUACCGGAGCUUCAAACAAUUCAAAAUAAUAGACCAUGGCUCGAUAUUAAGUUAGGAGGGAUACUUAGUAAUUACAAAGUCGAGGGUCCAGAUGUACAAGCAAUAUUUUUGAGAAGAGCCAACUACGAGGCCAUGAAACCAAAGAAGAAACGACAUCGCAAGAAUUUUGGUCACUUUGUAUUAUCACUUUCUGAUGAUCCCAUCUCAAGAGGGAAAUUUGUAGAACUGGUAGAAAAAUUCCAACUAAAGUUAUCUCAAUCUUUGGUAAAUGAACUAAUGCAUACAUUUGCUGGUGUAAGGCAUACCGUCGAUCAAGGAUUAUUAAAAUCUGUUUACAUGAAACAUUUUCCGAAUACAAAACUUCCACUGGAAAAACCUACUAAAAAAAGAAAAAUCAAAGGUGCAAAUAUGAAAAAAGAGGAA